UCACGCCUAGUCCUAGAAAUAGGAACAUGAUGCUGAUGGUCGACGCGAAGGAAGAUCGCAGAGCUGUCAAUCCACUUUUCUGUAUUAAAGAAGGAUUACAAUACCUGGUCUGAAAAAGACACUCGGUUAAACUGGAUAUAAAGAUUUCUAAAUUUGCAAGGUUGAAAACAAGCCGCUGCUCUUCCUGGAAGGAAGUUUGCCAAGUCGCUGAGGACUGUUUAUAUACUAGUGUCUCGAUCGCUGAGAACCUUACAGAAAGACAUAAAUACGAAUACUGCCAGUGCGUCAUAAUAGAACGGCACCUCUGUAUACCAUCGUCAUUUUAAGUGAUUACACUGGCAGUAUUUUUCACAUGCGUUACCUACGCUGUCACUAAUAUAACUUUCAGGCAUCAUUUAAGUGUGGCAUGUAAGCUUACAGUCACUGCGCUAAUAGCAGGAGCAGGUAAAAGCUGUAACAGGUGCUGACACAAAUUUUGGAAUGGCCAAACUUCCUUUAAACGUUUCCACCCCAAGCCCACCUUCACCCCCUUCUUUGAUGCCGCUUAUCCAGGUGCAGAUAGGCCUCUUCCGCGAGGUGCUAUUAAUUCCGCGUUCACAAAUUCCGUUUUCCAUAGCAAAGAAACUCAUCGUGGAUGCUCUGGAAAAAAAGGCUCCAGAGUACACAGUUUUGGGACUGUCUGACAAGAUCUUGUUGUUUCGACAUCACCUAGACUCUGAGAAUAUCCUGCAUAGGCUGAUGGGAAAUGAUAUAAUCCAAGAUGGGGAUUUGAUAGAAGUUAUUCUGUCAGGGUCCACUUCUUUAGCCAGCCUUCAUUUACGCCCCCAUAUUUUAGCUGUCCACUCAUAUCGCACACCAACAUUCUGCCAUCACUGUGGUGAAAUGCUGUGGGGACUGGUACGACAAGGUUUAAAAUGUGAAGGUUGUGGUUUGGACUUCCAUAAGCGCUGCGCUUUCAGAAUUCCUAAUGACUGCAGCCAGGCCAAGAGAAGAUGUGGUUCCAGCAUCUCCUUAUUUCCCAUGAGUCGUCCUAGAGCGUCAUCCCUCUCCAGCCAGACAGGGGGCAGUCUUGACGAGAUCAGUAUGCUGAAGUCAAACAUGUCUUUAAAACAGCCUUCGUGGACAGGGCACACUAUCUGGGUGGAUCACAGACGGCAAGUUAGCAUUGAAGUUCCCCACACCUUCCAGAUCCACACCUACAAAAGGCCUACAGUCUGUCAGUUCUGCCAUCGCUUACUCAAGGGACUGUUCAGACAGGGUCUGCAGUGUCGAGACUGCAAGUUCAACUGUCACAGGAGAUGUCAGCAGAGAGUUCCUAACAACUGUGUUGGUGAGAAGAGUUCCUCAAAUGAUCAAGAUGUUGAAAUGAUCUCCUGCCUUAGCUUGAAGACAGGGGAAGCUCUGGAAUUGUCAGUGGAGGGUGUUUUACAGGAUAAUCAAGAAAGUGACUGCCCGGUAGACGAAGAAUCAUUAUCAGUACCCCAUGAUGAUUUUCUUGGCCCCUGUUUCAGCAACAACAUCCCUCUGAUGCGGAUUGUGCAGUCAGUAAGACAGACCAAGAGGAAGAGCAGCACAGUAAUCAAGGAAAGCUGGAUGGUGCACUAUACCUGCCAGGAUUCACUGAGAAAACGGCAUUACUGGCAAUUGGAUAGCAAGUGCAUCACGAUGUUUCAUAAUGAGAACAGGAACAAGUACUAUAAGGAGCUGCCCCUGUCUGAAAUUCUGAUGAUAAACAGUGCAGCAGAUGAUACAGAGCACCGCUUUGUACUCACCACAGACACACAGGUGUAUUAUGUCACUGGAGCAUACUUCACUUCAUCGCAGGUACAUAAAGAUGCAUCUGAGAGCCUUUCCUGGGAGAAGGCUAUUCGACAAGCACUAAUGCCUGUGCACGCUCCCACUGGAAGGUCUAACAGUGACAAUGGUUCCAGUGUCCAAGCUCAUGAAAAUGUGAACAUUUACACAUUUUACCAGAUUUUCCCAGAUGAAGUGCUUGGUUCUGGACAGUUUGGAAUUGUCUAUGGAGGUAAGCAUAGGAAGACAGGCCGUGAUGUUGCCAUCAAAGCAAUUGACAAGACUAAAUUUCCCACCAGACAGGAGUGCCAGCUAAGAAAUGAAGUGGCCAUUUUACAGAAUUUAAGACACCCUGGGGUUGUACACUUAGAAGGCAUGUUUGAAGCACCCAAAUUCAUUUUUGUUGUCAUGGAGAAACUGCACAGUGACAUGCUAGAGAUGAUCCUGUCGAGUGAAAAGGGGCGCCUUCCUGAAAGGAUCACACGCUUCCUGGUCAUACAGAUUCUAGAAGCUCUGAGGCACUUGCACUUCAAGAACAUUGUUCAUUGUGAUUUAAAACCAGAAAAUGUUCUCCUGGCUACUGCAGACUCAUUUCCACAGAUCAAGUUAUGUGACUUUGGGUUUGCCCGUAUCAUUGGGGAAAAGUCAUUCAGACGUUCAGUUGUUGGUACACCAGCCUACCUGGCACCUGAAGUGAUCCAAAGUCAUGGCUACAACCGCUCUCUGGACAUGUGGUCAGUGGGAGUUGUGCUGUAUGUAAGCCUGAGUGGCACCUUCCCCUUCAAUGAGGAAGAAGAUGUCAAUGAUCAGAUUCAAAAUGCAGCAUUCAUGUACCCAGAAAUACCAUGGGUGGAAAUUUCAUAUAAGGCCAUCGAUCUGAUCAAUAAUCUGCUGCAGGUGACAAUCAAAAAGAGGUAUAGUGUAUCUAAGGCACUUAAUCACCCAUGGCUUCAGGAUUACCAGCUAUGGUUAGAUCUUCGUGAAUUUGAAACCCGCUUGGGUCAGCGGUACCUCACAUCGGAGACUGAUGAGCCUCGCUGGCAGCAGCAUGCUGAGGAUUGUGGGUUUGAAUACCCUACCUGUUACAUUAAAGAGGACAAUUUCAAAUGAUAUCAUCCUCGCUGAGAAAAAGCAAAGUAUAAUCUGAGUAGCCAAAUGGACUAAAGCAGAACUCCCUUACUUAGAGUGACUCUUAUGACUGUGGAUGGUGGAAGAAAAGUUGAAAAAGUGAAACUCAGUCUUGGAAAAAACAUAUAGUCUUCACAAAGACAGUGUCCUGCCUAUGAUUUGAUCCUGUGAUUUGUCUCCUAACUACUGUGCCACCAAGCUGGGUUGUUUAUAAGAUAUAGAAGUGCAAUUUACUGUUGUCAUUGAUUCCUUAAUAGAAAGCCAAUAUAUUUAACUGGAAGUUUGAUUCCACUUUUGAUAAGACUGGGUCCUGUAUCAGUUUCAUAAAAACAUUAAAUGCUAAUGUUUUUGCUUCA